AUGUUGGUAGCAGCAUCCCGCAAUGAUUUACCACGUACAGGUGUCGCCGCACUCCUAGCCGGGCUAAAGACACCCGGAGAAAUAGAGCUUCCCAAUGGUGCAGUUGUGCCUGUUGGGAUCGGCGAACCGGUCUAUCGAGUGAUCUUCCGCUCGGAGAGUGCCCUGCGCACCCCAAUGACAGAAAUGGGCGUUGGUCGAGCUUAUUUAUCCGGUGAUAUUGAGGUGAAGGGUGAUUUCGGCGCUUUGUUCAACGCUCGCCAGAAUCUACAAGAGAAAGUGCCUCUGCGACAAAAAUUCCAGUUCGCAUACGACUUUAUCCGGACAGCAACCAAGAUGAACGCCGAGGCGAUCGGUGAUCACUAUGGGCUCGAUGACGGGUUCUAUCUCACCUUUCUUGACAACCAGUUCCGGUUCUAUUCGCAGGGUUUGUUCCAGCGGCCUGACGAGACACUCGAAGUGGCUUCCAAGCACAAAAUGGAGACGAUAUUCACCGCUCUCGAUCUCAAACCAGGAAUGAGACUUCUUGAUAUUGGCGGUGGGUGGGGUGGUGUCACGCAGUAUUGUGGUGCUCGGGGCGUGCAUGUCACGACGUUGACACUCGCACCUAACGGCGCUCGUUAUAUCCAACGUGUUAUAGAGGACAAUGAUCUCCCUGGUCAAGUCUUCCUGCAAGACUUCCUUGACCAUAAGCCGAGAGAGCCGUACGACCACGUGGUCAAUUUGGGGGUCAUUGAGCACAUUCCCAAUUAUCGCCGCUUUGCACACAAGAUGUGGGACGUCUUGAAACCUGGUGGUCGCAUGUAUCUUGACGGCUCGGCGGCUGUUGAGAAAUUCGCUGUUAGCUCGUUUACCAGAGACUAUAUUUGGCGUGGCACGCACACUUUCAUGACUCUUCAAGAUGUUCUUGCUGAGUUUUUAUACCACGGGUUUGCGGUGCUGGAUGUUGCCAAUGAGACUCGGGACUACGAGCUCACCAUGCUUGAAUGGGCAAAGCGUUUGGAUUCGGCCAAAGAAGAUCUCAUCGCAGGUUGGGGGGAGCAGAAUUAUCGUGUCUUUCGCUUGUUCUUGUGGGGUGGCACACAUGCAUUCAAGACCAACGCCUUGCAGGCUUACCAUGUAGUCGCGGAACGGACAUCUUCUCCAGGGCCACGUCCUUCUCUUCCUCGCCGUUUCCGUCAGUUCCUGGGCAAUCUGCGCUGA